CCCUAACCCACACAUCAUAUGUUAAUGGAUUCUAAGGUACAUUCAUCGAACGGAACUGCUGCCGAAACUGAGCUUUCCGCCACUGCCGCUGUAGAAACAGAGCAGACGGUGGAAGCGCAAGCGGCGCUGAAGAAGGAGGCGGAGCCAGUAGCUGAUCAUUCAACAUGUACGGAUUUUGCUCCGGCUGUGGAAACGACGAUACAUGAGAAGGUACAUUCACCAAUGGCUUCUAAGAUACAUUCAGCGAACGGAACCGCAGCCGGAUCCCCUGAAACCGAGGUUCCCGCCACCUCCGUGGAAGUGGCCCCGGAGAAGGAGGUGAAGCCAACAGCUGAUCGCCCAGCUCCGGCUGCGGAAACGACAGUUCCUAAGAAGGAAAAGUGUGGAUGGCCGGUAGAUUGCCUGUUUCGUGUUAUAGUAUUAGUGCCCGCGCUUAAAGCUAAGAGUAUUACUGGACGGAAUGGAGAUCUCAUCAAGAAGAUGUGCGAAGAGACUAAAGCUCACAUUAGUGUAUUGGAAGGACCUGUUUGGCAUCCUGACCGCAUUGUCCUAAUAUCUGGCAAGGAAGAGAUAGAGGCACCCUUGUCACCUGCAAUGGAGGCUGUGAUAAGAGUAUUUAAACUUAUUAAUGGAUUCCCAGAGGAUGAGAGUGAUGCUGUAGCAUCCAUUCCAUUUUGCUCAAUUCGACUACUGUUAACAUCAAUGCAAGCCAUGAGUCUGAUUGGGAAUCAAGGAUCCUCGAUCAAUACAAUAAAACAGAACAUAGGUUGUUCUGUUCGUAUCCUACCUAGUGAUGAAGUGUCAACAUUAUCUGCCAACUUAGAUGAUAGAGUUGUCAAUUUAAAGGGAGAAGGUCUCAAGGUUCUGCAAGCUUUAGAAGCUGUUCUCAAACACCUGCGCAUGCUUUUGGUUGAUCAUAGCAUCCCUCCUCUCUUUAUAGCGACCCACAAUGCCACAUCCACACUAGAAAAACAUCAAGUGCUGAAUCAGGUUACUCAAAAGAUAGCGAUAUCAACACGUAAAGUGGUAGAUAUCAUUGGCGUUGGAGGGAUGAAUAUUGCAAAUAUUGGUCUUAGGAGUGGUGCAAUUCUUACAGUUCAGGAGAGAAAAGGUUUACAUAAGGAAAUUGCAGUUGUAAUAAAAGGGACCCACUCACAAGUUAAGACUGCUGGACAACUUUUACGUAUUCAGGUCAAGACUGUAAAGGACCGAGAUAGACCAGCAGUCCUCAACAAGUGGAAUUUUCACCCGCAAGUCGGAAUCACAGCCGCUACUAAAACACCCGUGAAAGUGGUACCACAGAAAGAAGUACCACCAGAGUUGCCUCAAGUACAACCUGCAAGUCACCAAUUGCUGCCACCAGGUACGGAAAGAAACAAGGAAUCAAAACAAAAUAUGGUUCGAUGGAAUGUAAACAUAGUUAAAACAUUUCUUGAUGCGUGUAUUCACGAGAUCACCAUCAAUGGCCGGGAAAAUGGUAGUUUAAAAGCAGUGUCAUGGAAGAAAGUUGGGGAGAUGCUUAAAGAUGGACAUAAAUUUUCUGUUGAUCAUAUACAAAUGAUUAAUUAUUUUUAUGGUCUCAAGAGGAAGUACACAGCAUGGGUAUCACUAAAAAACAAAACCCCCAACAUUUAUAAUCCGUCCACUAACACGUUUAAUUUGACGGACAAAGAAUGGGAGACUGAAAUCAAGAAAAAUAAAUGCAUAGAAACAUUGAGAAAGGCUCCCCUACGGUUUCCGGAUCUUUGUGCACAACUUUUUGACGGUGCUAUAUCCACGGCCUUUUUUCAAACCGGCCCAUCAGGUGCACCUCAAGCAGCGGUACCUCUCAUUCCACCAUCAUCCGGAUCCGAAACAUCACCGCUGUUAGCCGCUACUGAAAUACCACAGGAAGAACCGAUGGCGUGUAGCUCUUUGGUUAAAGUACCACCAGAGUUGCCUCAAGUACAACCUGCAAGUGAACCCAAGGCAGUAGAGGUACCACCAGAAUUGCCUCACGUACAACUUGCAAGUGCACUUGAGUCAAUAGAGACUAAAGCCGAGGGACCCGUGGUGCCUGUUUCUACUGGUGAUUCGAAUGUGGUUGAGGAGGCAAUGGAGAUGGAACCCCUGUUGCUGUCACCCCCGCCCCAAGUCACUGCCACCCAAUCAGGUGUGGAAAGUAUCGAGGAACCAAAACGAAUUAGGGUUAGUUGGGAAAACAUAAAUGUAGUUAAAACAUUUCUUGAUGCAUGUAUUCAUGAGAUCACCAUCAACGGCCAAGAAAAUGGUAGUUUAAAAACAAUGUCAUGGAAGAAAGUCGGGGAAAUACUUAAAGAUAUUCAUAACUUUUCCAUUGACCAUAAACAAAUGAAAAACUAUUUUGAUGGCCUCAAGAGUAAGUACAGAGCUUGGCUAUCACUAAAAAACAAAACCAACAACAAAUAUGAUCCUUCCACCAACACGUUUCAUUUGACAGACAAUGAAUGGGAGACUGAAAUCAAGAAAAAUAAAUGCAUAGAAGCAUUGAGGAAUGCACCCCUACCAUUUCCAGAUCUUUGUGCACAACUUUUUGGAUCCACGGGCAUUAGAAGUUGGGGACUGGGUUUUGCCAAACAUAUACCAGAGACCAACAUCCAAAAGGACACCAUGUCUUUAGCAUCUCCAUCUUCAUCCUUUAAAAACAAACAUAAAGAUUCACAGUUUUCUUCAUCUGGGCUUCCGUGUGUUGGAUUUUAUCAAGGGUUAUCUACAAAAUGUCCUACUGGUCCUUUUGUAACUCAGGCCAAGACCAUACCUGAUGGGGAUUUUUCAGACCUGACCACACCAUCAUCUUCUUUGCUUGGAUUUGCAUUUGCAUCUUCUUCCAUUCCAUCAGCCACUAUUGGUUUCAGUGCAGCAUCGGUGUUUAGUGGAUCUGGUUUGUUUGGGUCCACUUCCACCUCCUCCUCUAAUUCUAGUGCUACAAGUUUAUUUGGUUUGCCUUAUACUUUUGGAAGUAGUAGCAUUUUUGGGGCUUCUUCAACUUCACCUUCAAUUUGGAAUACAACUACUGGGGUUAGUUCGCCUUUUUCAACAAGCUACUUUGGAUCAUCAUCACCAGCUACAAUGAAUACUGCUACUAAGACUCUGUCACUCCCUGCAUUUGGUGUAACACCUUCAUCUAUUGCUACAACUGCUACUCCUGCAUUUGGUGUAACAUCUUCUUCGUCUAUUGCUACAACAUCUUCGCCAUUUUCUGUUCCAUCACCCACUUUUGGUUUCAGCUCUAGUUCUACUUCUAGAGGUGCAAGUUUAUUCAGUUCGACUUCUACUUUUGGAACUAGUAGCAUUUUUGGGGCUUCCAUUUCGACUACAUCUACUGUGGUUAGUUGGCCUUUUUCUUCAGGUUUAUUUGGAUCAUCAUCAUCACCAAAUCCCAGUUUUACGGCAGCAACUACAACGAAUACUGCUAGUAAGACUCUGUCAUUCCCAGCAUUUGGAGUAACAUCUUCAUCUAUUACUACAACUGCUACUGGAUCUGUUCCUCAAUUCGCAAACCCUACUACUACUACUACUACUGGAACAUCAAGUUCCUUUUUGGGGUCUAAAACUGUAGCUGCUACUACACCACAAUCUACAGCUGCUUCAUCUUUGUGUGCUACUGGUAUGGAAAGUAACAAGGAAUCAAAACAAAAUAUGGUUUAUUGGAAUACCAAGUACAUAGCAUGGGUAUCACUAAGAAACAAGGCCGGCAACAAAUAUGAUCCGUCCACCAACAUGUUCAAUUUGACCGACAAGGAAUGGAAGACUGAAUUGAUGAAAAAUAAGUGCAUAGAAACAUUGAGGAAUGCGCCCCUACCUUUUCCAGAUCUUUGUGCACAACUUUUUUACGGUGCUUUAUCUGCGGGUUAUUUUCAAACCGGUGUUGACCAGGUUUUGACUGGACCGGCAUGUCACCCUAAGAAGCGCCACUGUAAGGUUGCUGGAGGCCCAUCAGGUGAAGCGUCCCUUGAACAACAAGUACCUCUUGUUCUGCCAUCAGCCCCGCCAUUACCCGUUACAGAAACACCACAGAAAGAACUGAUAUUUGAAGUACCACCAGAAUUGCCUCGAGUACAACCUGAAACUGCAUCUGUGACAAUAGAGACUAAACGACCAAUGUCGGUUUUUGAAGAAGAAAUAUUGGGCGUCUUGAAGAUGAUAGCUGAAAAGAUGAACAAACGUGAACCACCACCAAAACCGACAUUUGAAGAUUGUGAAAAUAAGUUGAAUGAGCUCGGGUGGCCCAAAGAUGAUCCGCUACAUGAAGUUGCAUAUGCGAUUUUUUGUGAGGAAAACGAUAAGUAUAGGGAAUUAUGGAUGAAAUUAGACCCAAAAAGGUGUGCUAAUUGGGUUAGAAUGAUUGGACGUAGUAAAAACUUUCUUUAGUAGUUAAGUUGGCGGAUUAUUCUACGGUAUAGUUUUUUGCUGGGAUUGUAUAAAUGUGAAUAUGAAUUGUUAUAUAGCCAUUAUGUUAAAAGUUCAAAAGAAUACCAC